AUGAUUCAGAAUUACCAUGGAUCUGGGACUGCGUCGCCCCACCCGCCGGAAGUAACAGACCGACAAUCAUCCAUCGUCUCUUCUACCUCGUCAGCCCAACUCUUCUUUCCUACGGUAGGCCACGGAUCGUUUAUUGAGCCCCAGCCACUCGCCGAGCUCGCUGCCACCGAACGAGUAUCGUCGGCAGCUUGCUUGGAAGUGACGCCUGAGUUACAGACGUUGCCCCAGCCAGAUCCCGACGCGACAUCGCCUUUAGCAGAGCCCGUCACCGACGUAACAUUCUGCGCCCGUUUCGCCUCGCUACCGUUCACCGUGCGUGAUUUGUCUCGAACGGUGCCAGCAGUGCUAGGAGCUUUGGGUGCGGAACAUUUCGUCGGCGGAGUGGGCUCUGAGGGAGAGGGAGAGGGAGAAGGAGAAGUGCUGCUAUUCUCUGCACCAAGCCCGAGAUGA